AUGCAGAUUGAUGAAUCAUUAGCGAUUCCUGAACUUGAACAGGUUUCUAUGGUAGGCGCAUAACUCUAAUUAAUGUUUAUUUGCAUCUUUGUAUUAUCAUAACAAUGGAAAACUACAUGUGCAGUUAUUUUACAACAAUACUAAAACACAAAAAUUCUGAAGUCUUGUUAUUACAGCCUGUAUUAAUGUUGAAAGUUUGUUUUUUGUAGGAUACUCCAACUGGACAUGCUGGGAACUGCACAACAUGCAAAACCCUGAGGAGUGAGGUGACUCAGUUAAGGGGCAAAGUCACAAGACUGAAGAGUAAGUUAAUCUCCAAUCAAGAUCAGUGGGUUGAAACCUUUAAGAGCAUACAAGAGCCGAAGCAGUUGCCGAUGGUGAAUGCUGGUGAGUCAACAAUAAUUAUUGAUGUUGAUGAGUCAUAUAGGCAUAACUGCCUAUCUUUAUAUUUUUAUUACAUUUUAUCAAUGUUUGAUUAUUUAAUAAUAAUUAAAAUUUUAAUGGUAAUAGAAUUUUUUUAAUUCCAUUUGUUUAAGCUAUUCAAACUGAUCCAUGGCCAGUAACAAAUGAGACAGAGUUAGGGCUAGAGGAUGAAUCAGAAGAUGAGCAGGAAAUGCAGGACGACGCGUAUGAGGAGUUUGAGUGUGAUGGAGACCCUACAUGGAGUCCUGAAGGAAUCGAAGAUGCAUAUAAAAAAAAAAAGGAAGAUGAUGAAUCGGUGAAGACUCAUCAGAACCCAAGGUACAAAGAUGCAAAAUUUAUUGCAUUUUAACAUCUUAGCUCUAAGCAUCCUCUGGGAAGUGAUUUAGGCCUAAAACUAACUUCCAUUAUGAGAGGAUCUAUUUAGAAACAAGAGUACAUGAAAUUUGUUUUUAAUUUACUCAGAUAAGAAUUGCAAAAAAAAAAAAAAAAAAAAAAAGAAGAAGAGGCAUAGCCAGCCCAUAGACUGGAAGUCCCAGGCCUAAAAAUGUUUGGUUUGUCCACUCAACCCCUUGUAAUAAAUUAUGCAUCGUUGGGGUGGGCUAGAUAGCUUAAGGGCUCAAAGUUGUCAUGUGUGCAAUCAACAGAAUUAUUAUAAAAAAGCAUUUUUCAGGAUGUAUGUGAGAGUAAAAUCCCAACCCACGAUUAGCCAGGUUUACAACAAGUUGAAAAACUGGCAACACCCUGAGAAAAACAAUAAAAAUGAUAAUCAUUUUUUUUAUUGUUAUUUUAUUAUUUCAGAUGCUAUGAUUAAAUGAGUAUUUCCUUUCCAUCAUUUUUUACAGGUUGGAUCUACAAGGAAAAAACAUUCGAGAGGAACCAAAGGGAAUUGUUUUCCUUUCCAAACUUCUUCUUUUGUUUCAGUUCUGCCACUUGUGCUUCUUUUCAAAACCCAAACUUUCUGUAUCACAGACAGGUACCUUGUUAACCGUAGAAAGUUUCUGCAGAAACUGUAGCCAGACAAAAGUCUGGAAGAGUCAAACAGACCUGCUAGGAAAGUUUCCAGCAGGUAACCUGCUAUUAAGUUUUGCAGUGCUCUGUGAGCCGAGUGAAAAGAAAGAAACGAUACAUUAA